AUGGAGGAUAAUAAUUUCAGUCAAAAAGAAGGAUCUCCUUCCCCAGACAACAAUCAAAAUUUGUUGGAAAGGUAUUUACAGAUAGACGAAGAUGAAAGGGCGGAGGAGGAAAAUGAGUAUAGUGUUACAUUUCACACAAUGAUUAAUAGAAGUCAAAAUAAAUCUUCCAGAAGUCCAGUUAAAUAGCAUACUCACAGAUCAAAUAAAUUUUAAAGUGCUCAUUUCACUCAAGAUUAAAAGAUAAUUAUUAACCAAAACAAAUACAUAGUAAACGAUUAAGAAAUUGUAAAGAAUUUCCUAUUGGCGACAAGGAGAUUUUCAGAGAAAAACUAUGAAUCUGUAGUAAGCAACAAUUCAAUGAGAGAAAAACUAAGCUCGAAAAGUAAACUAAAUUCAAGCAGGUAUAAUCUUUAAAUUCCCAACUUUGAAAAGGCCAUAGAAUCUAACUUUAUUGUGGAAGAAAGACAUCCAAGCCCAGGAAAGUAAAGAAAAUCUAAAAAGCAUAAUUUUCAAAACAUAAUAAAUACUCAUGCAACUUGCUCAUAAAUGCCAACAAACAUGUUUAAUCACUAAGUUGCCAGAGGAAAUCUAGGAUCUCCUAAGCCUAAAGUAAUUAAUAAGAUCGUAAAUUAAGGUAAUAUCUCUUAACAGUCAAAAAAGGAAAUUUUUGAAAAAAAGAGCGCCAAUAUAACCUUGAAAAAUGCACCCUCUCAAACAUCAACUAUUGAUAUGUCAUUAAAGAUGAACAGUACACCCAGUACUCAAUCAAAUACCACAAAGAAAUCUCAUAAUAAUUCAAUUCUACCCAAACAAUUAGAUUAUAUGAAUAAUUCCAAGGUAUCUUAAAAAUAAUAAAUUCAAUAAUAAUAAUAAAAUUAGAAUAAUUCUGUCCUUUAAAACUCAAGAUAAGCUAUGCAUAGUAGAAGCAAUAGAGAUAUUUUAAGAGGGAAAGAGUCACCUGGAAUGUCUUGCAAUUAAAUAAAUUUCAAGAAGCCUUAUGCUGCCCCAAUAUAGAAGAUAGAUUUAGCUUAGACAAUUGCGACAGAAGCCGAAUAAUGGAAGGAAAUUCUUAAAUUCUUUGCGUAAUGGCAAAUUCAACCAAUUAAGUUAAAGAAUGCGUAUACAAAAACAGAAGUGCUAGAUUUUAUUACAGUUAUGGCUAAUAAGAUAACAGAUCUGGAUAAAGUAACAAACUAUGAAAGAGGAAAGGCUGAUGAAUAUAAGGAGGAGAGUAACAUUCUAAAUGAGUAAGUGGAAAUGUAUAAGAAGCAAUACAUAGAACUCCAAAAUAGUAUUACUGAUAUAAGGAAAGAAUUUGGAAAGCAUCAGGAGAUGAUUACUAAAAUGGAAGAAUGCUAACAAGAGCUUAAGUAAACGCUACUCAAUAGUUUGAUGUGCUUAGACUUCUAUAAGGACCUUGAGAAUUACAUCCAGGAAAAUAGGUAUGAGUAACAAAAUCAAGAAAUUAUUCAUCAUUUUGAUGUGAUUGAGGAGCUUGUUUAACAACACGGUCUAUAUAGCUUAGAUUUCGAUACUGAUAGAAUCCAAAAGCUUAUAGACUCUAUCUCAGAUUAUGUCAAAAUAAGAGAGGUUGAGAAAAAAAUCAUUGAAAUCAGUGUAGGAGAUGAUGAGUGCGAUAAAAGUGACGAUGAUGAUGACUGCGAGUCAGAAGAUUUAAGAAUCAAAGUAAAGAAGCAUCCAACAAAUCAUGAGAAAAAUGGGUCCAUGGGAAUAGUCGGAAAUGCAAAUGAAAGCCGAAUGAAUAGCUCUAAUAGAAUGGCAAGCUAGACAAGAUUGUCAGGGGUCUCAAGCAGAUAAGGGAAACCAACUAGACAGUCAGCACAUCACUAAGCAUGUGUAUGCAAUGGAAAUCUAUUGUUUUAACAGAAUCAUUUAAAAGAUGAAAUUAAAAAUAAAAAUCAGAUUAUUAACAGAAUUAGAGAGCAAUUGGAGCAUAAAAUGAAAAAAAUAAUUGAAUUAAAAUAUCAACUAAAAAAGGAAAGAGAUAAGGAUUAUCAAAAGAGACAGCAUUAUAUGUAUAAAGAUUCGAUAGUCAAACUAGAGAAGGAAUAUAACUUGCUGGUUAUUAAGAAUACUAAGUUGUAACUUGAAUUAUAAAAUGAAAAAGAUGAAAAUGAGAAUGUUUGGCUAGAAAACAACAAGUAAAAAGAAAUUGUCAAGGAUUAGGCCAAUGAUAUAAUUGAACUGAGGAGAUGCCUUCAUGAAAAAGAGGGCUACAGUUAGCUUGAAACAACUGUUAACCAAUUAAUUAACAUGUUGGUAAGCAAAAAGAAUGAUUAAUUAUCUUAAAAUCAGAGGUAAUAACUCAAAUCAAUAUUUGGAAAUCAUUCCAUUCUUUAUAAGUUAAGGUAAAGAGUUUAAUCUAUAGAAAUACACUAUGCUAAGCUUAGCCAGCUAAUGACAAAUUCUGUGAAGUUGAAUUUGACAUUUUAAGAAGUAAUUGAAGAAUUGUGGGCAAUGCUUAAACAAGUGUUUAUGGCUUUUAAAGAAGCAAACAUAGAUGAUGUUUACAGUUAACCAAUUAUGCAACUUCAUUAAGCUCUACUUUAGAGAUUCUCUGAACAGAAUAUUGAUUAAAAAGAAAGAGAACUUGCUUCAUAUCUAGUAUAAUUAAAAGAGAUUAAACAAGAAUUGUCAAAAGAGGCUGUGGCAGAGGAAAUGAGCAAGAUUAUGUCUGAAGAUAAAGAUAGGAUUAAUUUGCUUUCUAUGAUAGUCGAUUCUUAAGGCUAAAGUUAGGAUAAUAGACAUUAGAGAAGCUUUGGCUACCCAUCUGUCAAUCAAGAUAUUAAUGUGUUGUCGAUGAUAGAUUCACCAAAUGGAGAAAAAUUUUUGAAUUUUGAUAUUACUAAUAGUAAUACUGAGGAGGGUAACUUUAACCAACUACGAAAGCCAUCAAAUGGAGAAAACUAACUCCUUUAAUAACAAUUAAGGCAUUUCCAUUCUCUAAAUCAAAAUAUGUCCAAAAUAAAGUCUGAUAAAUAGGGUAAGACUAAAAGAAAGAAGAGCAACUUCAAUGACGUGCAUUAAUUUAACAGAAAAGGCAAAAGUAGUCCGAGGAAUGGCUAACUAGAUAAUUCACUACUUAUAGGAGACAUUACUGACAUGAAUAUUUAAGACUUCCAAGUUCUCUUUGAAGAAUCAAAGAUUGUAAGCGAGAUGCUAAUGAGUGAAAGAGAUGAUACUCACACUAGAUCAAUCAAUUAAGCUGAAAUUGUUAACUUCAAAAGAAAAGAUAAAAGAUAUGAUUGA